AACAUUCUUCUAUUAUCUAGAGUACUCUUAUCGAACAAAAGUAUGUGUAAGUUGUUGGUCAGCAACCUGACGUAAUAAACUACAUUAACAUAUAAAAUUAAAAAUUAAAAUAAACAGCGAUGAAUAGAGAAUGUACAUUUUGUUUUUAAUACUAAAUCGUAGUGUUAAGUAAUAUAUCCUCAAUAUUUCACUUUGAUCAAAUAUAUGACGGAUGUUACUAUUUCACUAAUUAAUAUAAUAGAAUGAUGUUACGGGUUUAUUAAAUUGCCAUUUUGAUUAUUUGUAUUCUAGAUUUAAAACUUUUUCAACUGCCAAGGUAUAAUCAUGCAAUCCAUAAUAGAUAACCGUUUUCAAUGUUCUAUAUGUUUGAACUGUUUAAAAAAUCCAAUGCUUACAAGAUGUGGACAUCGUUUCUGUUCUGAUUGUAUCCUUGCAUGGUUAAAACGCAAAAGUCAAUCCUGCCCAAUUGAUUCUGAAUCUUUAUCAGUUGAAAGUCUAUUUCCAGAUAACUAUACUAAACGUGAAAUAGAUGAACAAACUGUAUCUUGUUCAAAUGAUGGUUGUGGUGUCAUUAUUCCAUUAUUAGAAGCAGAUGAUCAUUUUUCAACUUGUAAAUUUAGUAAAAUUAAAAUUAAUGGAGUCAAUGAAAAUAUUUGUCCAUUUAAUUCAAUUGGAUGUGAAGUUUUUUUAAAUACUGAAAAAGAACUAUUAAAUCACCUUGAAUUAAAUUCUCUGAAACAUUUAAAUUUAUUAUCAAAAUCUCACUUGGAACUAUUAAAAAAGAUUCGUCUUAAAGAAGAAGUGCAAUAUAAAACAUUAGAAGCUACCCAAUUUUGGGAUGCAAAUAAAGAUCCAAAUUCGGAAAAAGCAUUACUAUGCAACCUGUUUGAAAGAAUCGUUGUAUUAGAACAAAGUAGUAUUGAGAAAGACAAGGAUAUUAAACGUCUCAUUGAAAAUAAUAAUGAAAACAAUAAAAACAUUGAACAGUUGAAAGAAUUAGUUAAUAAUUUAAGUUUAGAACUAUCACAAUCACAAAAUAUCUUAUCAUUAGCAAUAUGUAAUGGUGUUUAUGUUUGGAGAUUUGAACAUUUCAUGGAAUCAUUUAAACUAAUGAAAGAAAAGCCAUUAAAUACUCGUUUUUAUACUCCUGGGUUUUAUACUUCUUCUACAGGAUACAAAGUAUGUGGCCGAAUGAAUAUGUCACUCGAUAACCAGAAUCUUUCUCUUUUUAUUCAUAUGAUGCGAGGUGAUUAUGAUGAUACAUUAGUAUGGCCAUUUACCGGACAUAUUACUUUAUCAUUAAUACAUCCAACUGAUUCUGCAAAAACUGUUUGUUUAAAAAUGGAAUCAUCAGCAGAAUCUGAAGCCUUUAGACGAUGUUCAUUUGGAAAUGGUAAUGAAACACCACCUUUAAAUCCAAGAGCUUUUGGUUAUAGUGAAUUUGUAGCUAUUGAAGAAGUAUUACAUCAUGGAUUUUUAAAAGAUGACACAAUUGUAAUUAAAAUAAUUGUUGAAUGUAUUUAAAAUUGAUCUCAUUUUACUGAUUUUUGGUGAUAAAUUUUUAUAAUAUGUGAUUUUAUAUAUCAUUAAAUCCGUCCGUUUUAGAGUUUUAGAAUAAAGAAUUAUUUGUAUUCCAUUUUAAA